GUUACGCAUGAAUGCUUAUCAACGCGGAAAGGGGUCGUUGCACAAAUAUAUUGUACACUGCGCCCAGUAAAAAUUCCAAUUGUGUUGUGGUGGACAGACAAAAUUCCAAAAAGUGACAGUGAGUUUUCGACAUUGUGAAAAGAAAAGAAGAAAAUUUUGAAAUAGACGCAUAAAAAUUGAAGUUUAUGAAGAAGGCUUUUUGUGUUGAAUUUUAUUAACAUGGCUAACGCGGAAAUGGAUAUGAGAGCCAAUCUGACUGAUUUAUCUAAACUGCCAGUCAAGGAGUUCGAGAAGCAUUUCCGAGACUGGAUGGAACGCGACGAUGUGGCGCGGUCAUUACAAGCAAAGUUGCGAACCGAUCUUAUAUCAAACUUCAACAAAACUGCGUUAGGGCGUCAAAUUUUGGCACAAACUACAACAACCACCACCGGUGGUUCCGCGCAGCGUCUAACACUCUCGCCAUUGGUGUUGGCGCUCAACACACUCGUUGCUGAAUUUCUCUAUGCACAAAACUGCCAUUUCUCGUUGUCAGUAUUCUGCACCGAGGUUCCAUUUCGAAACACACUUCCGGACUUUGAGAGCUCGCCGCAUUUCCGGUUUGGCGGUGAUGAAAUCAAAGAAAUUUUAGAAGCCAUAUUUAGUAAAACACCUCAAGAGACUCCAUUUAAAAAUAGUAUUAUUAGAAAAUAUGAACACAAUAAAAAUAUUUCUCUCUUGAUGGUGAUCCUCCGGUAUUUAUUGAAACAGAGGGAGGAGUAUGCGAAGAGAAUUGCCUCUAUUAAGCCUAGCACAGCAACUGAAGGAACGCAAACUGUAGAACAGAACAAUACAACACAAGAACCGGAACGUCGACCCCCACCAAACGACUCAUUAAAAGCAAGUUGUACAAAAAAUGAGAUACCGAGCACCAACAUAAGAUACCUCAACAAAUAUUUGGUGAUACUUUCCACCAAAGUAAAGGAAAUGUCUGAGCAACUAAACGACUUGCGAUAUAACCGCGACAGCUUGCCCUCUACACGUCUUGCCAAAAGCGUGCGGACUCGUCGCUACGAAAAGUUAAACCACAGCCUAGAACGUGUAACGAGCCAACUGAAGCAUAUGACGCACACCAAACGCAAGAACAAGCAAGUGGGCGCUGUUGUCUCAGCAGUCGACGCGUUGGCGACACAGUUCACCAAGUGCGUCGAAAGUUUCAGAUCGGUUUCGAAGGAGCUGAUCGCCAGCAAUGAAAAACAAAGCCAAUUGCAACAUAUAUUGCCAACGAAGCCAGUGCUUUCGCAAGCCGCAGUGCAAGUAGACCUUUCCAACGGACCGCCGAACUGUGCGGAGCAUAAAAAGCUUACAGGGGAAAAAUCCUACACUGAUUGGGUGCAUGAGAUGCGCCAUACAAGGAACGGACAGAAGUUUUUAGACAGAAUAGAAGUAUCACUAAAGAAAGCGCUAAAUAAGCAGCGCGAGCUGCUGCGGAAGGAAUCCGACCAGAAACUACGACACCAAAAAGAAGUGCUUAAAAUACAAUACAAGGAAAAAUUAAUGGAGCACGUCUCUCGUCUUCCACAAUGUGACUAUUCCAAUGAAGCGCGAAUGCUCAACGAGAGUAUUGGACAGCAAUUGAAAGAGUUCGAGAGCCGACAUACGGAACUUCUGCAGAAAAUUCAAGAUGUACACAAGACUGAAGGCAAUAAUUUACCCACUGCCGAAGCAGAAAAAGAGGAUGCAAAUGCUAAUGCACAGGCCGAUAUGACGAAUGACACCCGAACUCGAGAUCCCUUGUUGAAGGAUGUGGUGAAUACACAGAAGAAACUGCAGAAGAUGGCCCAAAGUAUUGCACAGCAAGAGCGAACUGUAGACCAAAUCGUUUACGAGGCUAAGAUGCGCAUUCAAGAGCUUGAGAAUGAAAGCAAUCAACUGGAACUGAAUUUCCGAAAUUAUCUGGACCGACAGCGUUUGCAGGCCGAAACUAUGCGCGAAGUGGUAUCUAGCCUUUCCGAGAGCAAUAAAAAGGAUAUCCCAAAAGUUGCCGACAGCUAUCGCAAGACUUUAAAAGAUAUCCGAACAUCUUCCACACUCCGAGCGGAAAAGGAACGGCAUGAGGUGAAGACUAAAAUCCGCCAUAAAACGAUAGAAUCGAAAGAUUCGCUCGUAGAUUUGACUGAUCAAGAAAAUAAAAAUCCGAAUUUUGAGUAUCGCAAUGCAAUUUUGGAGGCGAAAACAAAACUGUUUAAAGGUGAUCGACAGUAUGCUAAGAUGGGUAGUGACGAGGAAGAAUUCAAACCUCUAGGUUUUGAGCCAUACUAUUACAAUCGGAAUUUCGGUACCAGCGAAUCCCAGAGUAAUUUGAUAUCGAGCAAUGUCCACUCAUCUCAGUGGAACGAAAACGCUACAAGGUCAUCUGAGCCACGAACGGACAACAGUAAUUUCAACAACAACACCAAUACAGUGAGUGCCAGAAGCAACGGAGCUCCUCUCCAUAGAGCUUAUGCAGUCCUUCCAAAUACUGCACAGGCAAGCAUACCCAAAAUUAACCAACUGGCAAGGAAACCAACUACCAGCGUGGCUGCUGAAGCCUCAAGAACGUCUGCUGCAAAACCAAUGCAAACAGCGCCAGCGACAACUAUGCCAACAGUAUCUGCCAAAACUACCUCGGUGUCUACUGUUGUCAUAGCUGCUGUUGCAGCCAAGCGAGCAGACCGACACACCCACGAGCGGACAUCGGAUGGGUUACUGCAACAUCUGAAAGCUGCUUCGCAAACAUAUAGCUACAAUAAUGACAUUCACGACAAUCAAAGUUCGAGUGAUCACAGCAAAAAUAGCGACAAAAGAAAUAGAUGUGUCGAGGAGGAGGCAUCGGACACAAUUAGUAGUACGCGUAGCGGCAAAAAGGGAGGCAGUCCAAGAGGUAAAGUUGAAGAUCGUGAUAAAAAGAUCGGUGAAACCACUAAUCCAGUGGAGGCCACAGUGAACUUCUUGGAGACUAUGGAGCGAAUGCAUCGGUUGUUCACCGAAACCCCAACAAGCGUAAAGAAUGAGAAGUUGUCACAUUCACGUGCCGAUCCAUUAGAAAAAGAGAAAAGUAAGCCUAAACAAAGAAAUCAACAAAAGCAACAUGGAAUGAGUCCAAAAACUAAAAAAGGUGGCAAAACUUCAUCUGUGACCAACGAGCCCGCCAGCACUUUCCGUAAAUACAAGCAGAAUAAAACGGAACGUAAAGAGCGCCGAACAAAAACCAUAAAAAGCACAGAAACUCCGAAAUCGAAUGGAGGCUUUGAGGAAGCUUUGAACACAUUUGCCAGUUCUGAUGUGGAAGCACGGAAGAUGUCGGCGGAAAGAUCUGUGCCAACAACAAGGCCACAGUACUAUAAUAUUACAAGUUCAGCGACGGCAAUCAACGUUCUGGCGCCAACAGUUUCCUCAACAACCUUCUCCAUAUGCGAAGAUGAUAACCUGAAAGAAGUGGUGAGCGAGUCAUCGAUCGAAAUCGCUAGCAUGGUCGAGGCAGUUGAUGAGGAGAUAGAGUUGGAAGAACUGGUUGCGGCGGUGGAUGAAGAGGAAGAGGAAGAGGUCGAAGAGGAGGUAGAUGAAGAGUACGAACCAAUGGGUACUGUUAAGGUGAGCUCAUUGCCAAUGCCCGCUAUCGAGGAGGUGUCACGUUUCAGUUCUUCCUCUGGCAGUGCGGUUCACAUGUCCGAUUGCGGCGGCGGCGGUGGCGGCGGAGCGGAACGCAGAAAGAAAAGCGAUAGUGGCAGCGAUUUCUGGGAGUAAAACUUCUCCAACGGGAGAGUGGAGUUGAGCUGCGAUGUGAACACAAAUAAUAAAGCAAGCAGAAAAGUUUUCAAGCCGACAGUUGAUAACCGAACUUGUUCGCUAAUUACCAAAUUUUAAUUUUAAUAAAUUUUCAUAAAUUCAUCGAAAUUUAUCA